AUGCCGGCACUCUCAUUGAAGCGCAAUAAAUUCCUCAUUCCCCAGAAUUUAAAGCUAGCCGAUCCUCACUUUGACGUGUCAUCUGAAAUUGACGUUCUAAUAGGAAAUGACUUAUUCUGGGAGCUAUUGUAUACUCGUACAUCAGAAGAAAAUUUUUGCAAACAGCAUUUCAUCAGCAAUGUCACACAGACCUCGCAAAGUCGGUACAUUGUCAAACUCCCCGUCAAGGAGCAUCUCAUCAGUAAGCUUGGAGAUUCUCAAGCCGCUGCCCUCAAACGAUUAUUCUCACUAGAAAGACGUUUUCGUCGCGAUCCUCAAUUAAAACUUCAAUACUCACAAUUCAUUGACGAAUAUCUUUCGCUGGGUCACAUGCGAUUGAUAAAUGCACUGCCCGAAGAAAGAUCAGUAAAUUUUUAUUUGCCUCAUCAUUGCGUAUACAAGGUAACCGAUCAGUCUUCAAAGUUGCGCGUUGUAUUUGAUGCUUCUUGCAAAACGAUCAGCGGUAUCUCUCUAAAUGAUGCUUUGAUGGUGGGCCCAGUCAUUCAGCAGGAGUUGGCAUCCAUCCUGACGCGUCUUCGUAUUUUUCAAUACGUAAUUUCUGCCGAUAUUAUCAAAAUGUACCGGCAAAUUUUGGUAGAUCCUUCACAAACAAGCCUGCAGAGAAUUCUUUGGCGCAGCGAUCCCAAUUCGGAUGUCCAGACAUACGAAUUAUCGACCUUGACAUACGGUACAUCAUCGACAUCAUUCCUGGCAACCAGAUGCCUCAAGAAUUUGGCCGAACAACAUGCUUCCAUUUAUCCUAUUGGCUCCACUUGUGUCCAGCGUGAUUUUUACGUUGACGACAUGCUAUCAGGGGCGGAUACGAUUGAGGAAGUCAGUCGUAUUCGGGAUGAAACAAUUCAAUUGUUGCGUCGAGGCUCUUUCGAGCUGAGCAAGUGGGCUUCUAAUUGUCGCAAAUUGCUCGAAGCAGUCGACAACAGAAAUGGCGAAGUAGUCAACAUAGAUGAUCGAAAAGUUUCAAGGUUGUUUGAUCCUCUCGGCCUCCUCGGCCCAGUUAUUGUUACGGCAAAACUCAUUUUACAAGAGCUGUGGCAGUCCGGGGUCUAUUGGGAUGAAUCAGUACCUCAAGAUAUUCAUUCUCGUUGGUCAAAACUUAGAUCACAGUUGUCCCACAUCAAUCAGUUGCAAAUUCCACGCUGUGUCAAGCCAAACUCAAACUCCACCGUCAUUGAAGUACAUAGUUUCUGCGACGCUAGUCAACGAGCUUACGGAGCUUGCGUAUACAUUCGCGUCGAGCUUGGACUAGGCAAAUAUCAAUCUGAACUGUUAUGUUCGAGAUCUCGCGUUGCUCCCCUCAAGGCCGUGUCUCUGCCCAAGCUGGAAUUAUGCGCUGCCGUUCUGUUGGCAAGACUGAUAACCAAGGUGAAGAGUCGUUAA